UUUCAGCGUUUAGUUGAGUUUUGUUGGCGAGCCACCGGCAAAACAGCUCGACAUUCGUCUGCUCCACACCGAAGCGAACGUACACACGCUGGUGCAGUGAACGCGCACGGUUUACAAAAUCAAAACAAACAAGAAAUUCGUCCAACCCACGAACGGCAACGAUCGCCAAUAAAAUAUAUAAUAAAAUCAAACAAAAAUAAUUGAAAUUAAUUUAACGCACAAACAACAUAAUAGAAGAAAGUACACAACGCAAUUGUAUAAAAUACGCGCACACACACACAAACACAUAUCAGCACUAGUAUUCCAGCAAUCAACGCACAAACAAUUUCUGUAGCGAUAAUAACUACUGAUAGUAAGGUAAGACCCGAACUAACCGCACUAUCACAACAGCUGACGAAGCAUACGAGCAUAAAGAAAGCAGCAGCACGCUUCAGCAUCAGCAUCAACAGCGUUUGCCGGAGUCGUUGCCUAUCAGCGUGCGCCGCUAAUCACAACAGCAGACAGCCAAUAAUAGACUGCAGCGUACAACAACAACAGCAACAGCAAUAGUAACGGCCAAUAAGGCAGCAAUUGUAAUUAAAGCAGCAGCCGAGAAAAUGAUUUCACACAGUCCACCCAUCUUCAGCCAUAGUCCACCAGUCAGUUUCCUAUCGGACUACAUGAACAAUCAUCGUUACAAUGACGAAACAAACAGAGCGUCACGCUAUUGUCGCCCCCAAGUGAUCACACUCGCCUCGAAGGCCAUGGCCAAUAGCGCGGCCGCCGCUUUCGCCAGCCAUCAGCUGAACCAGCAGCAGCCAACGCCACAACAGUCGCCGUACUCAACACAUCAACAGCAGUCGCAGCGUCUGCCCACCACCGUCACCGCUGGCUAUGGCAAAGGCCAUGAGGGACGCGUCAUUGGCGGCUUGCCGCGCACGCUCUCCGCCCCCACCAUCAAUUUACAGCCGAAAUCUUGCCUCAGCCGCAAAACCUGCCUACACCGUUCGCAAGCGAGCUACAGCAGCAGCGAUAGUCGCGACAGCGACGCGGCGGGCGCAGCGGCGGAAUGCGCGAAUUGCAAAUGCAAUGGACAAAGCCGUUGUACCAAGCGUGUGAUCUUCGCUGACGAUGAAGGUCAACCGCUAACGGAGGUGCGCGUUAUGUCCGAACCCUCGAAUGUGCCGCCAUUGUGGAGCACGAAAUUCUUGGAGCAAAUUACACAGGGCCUCGUUAGUCCACACCCGGCCGAUCAAUGGACCGUCGACUUUAAACAACCAGCAUCCGAUUACUUAACAUUUAGAGAAAAAAUCGAUCGUGACUUUGUCUCACUCGAAAAUGUGAUUGUCAAGGAUGAAGAGUCCAUUGUUGUCGGCACGGUGAAAGUGAAGAACAUCUCCUUCGAAAAGGAAGUCGUUGUGCGCGUCACAUGGGACGACUGGAAGAAUCAGCAGGACAUAUUCUGCACCUUCGCCAGGGCUUAUGGACCAGCUACCUAUGCGCACGUCGUCUUCGAUACGUUCUCAUUCAAGAUCACAUUGCCGCCAUCGUCAAAGCGUCUGGAAUUUUGCAUUUGCUAUCGCGGCAACAACCAAGAAUACUGGGAUAACAAUGGGGGUAAGAACUAUACUAUUACAAAGCGUUCGCCCUUCUACUACAACGCGCUCUCGCCAUAUGACAAGAAUACGUCGCGCAAUAGCUGCCGCGGCCAUGUGAUGUCCGCGCUCUCGGAAGCACUGAGCAAUACGAAAGAGCAUCAAGCACAAAACAAUUGGAGUCAGGAGUCGGGCCCCUACUGGUAAAUGUCAUUUGUAUUAGAAGCAAGCAGUCAAGCUGUUGGCAACAAAAACAGAACGAGGAGAAAUAUUGGUGAUGGUGAUUAUACUAAAUAAGGAUGUGAGUCGUGCGCUCUGCGCUAGGAGCACUCAGCGGCUCACGUCGAAAACAGCGCAAACAACCCUGCAGUAGAGCAAAGAAUCUUACAUAAAUGCCAAUGUAGAACAACUAGUUUAGACGCAGCAACAACAACAAUAACAAAAACAAGCAAUAACAAAUGUAAACACAAAGCAAGACAAAUACACAGCAACAGCACAAAAGCAUGAGCGGCGCUGUUGAGCUACAGCGACGCCACUGGCGUAUACCAAAACAACCCAAAACAGCAGACUAAGCCGAGCGUGCGGAACGAAGUGCAUUACCACAACUGCUAAGCAAAGUUUUGGCGCUAAAAAAGUUAAAAACAAUAACAAAAACUAUAUAAUAUGAAAGUGUUAAGGCGCUCGUGGUGAUGUCUAAGAGCUAAAAAAUUUUAAAAAUUUAAAAAAAUCUGAAAAAAUCCUUAAAAAUUUAUGUAACAUAUACGACAGCGUAGUGUGCGUUAAAUCAGUGCAAUAUUCGAGAACCAAUUGUGCACAUUUUAAAGGCUUUAACUUCAAAACAACUGAACAAAAUAAGUGAUUUAGUCGCCCCUGCGUAUGACAGCAAUUUGUGGGCCGCGAUCAUAAAGACUUGAGAGUAGGAGCAGUGAUAUUAAAACGUUGACUAAGUAUGACUAAGAAAGGAAGUAGUAAGGGGAGCAAAGAAAAAAAUAGUAAACUUAAAAACUAUGCAAACAAUAGGAAGGCGGUACGCGCCGCCAAAGCAAAGCGCAGCCAUUUUGUAGCUUUUAGUUUAGAAAGUGUUAACGGAAGUGACAAACUUCAAUGUGCUGAGCUCACGAGCCACGCGCCUCAACUUGUUUGGCCGGCGCUUCAAUGCGUGGCUUACGUGUAUUCGAGCUGGUUUCGAAUUCACGGCCAGCAAGUGAAGCGGGGCAUAUAUUUUGAAGCCAGUUUUAGUAGCGCUGCAUAAUGUUAACUAAUGUGGAAAUUACUCUAUAUAUUUGUAUACUAUUUGAGGCAGCAACAAAGUUCGUUAAAUGCCAACAUGAACUUUGUCGCAUUCUCAAGCACUAAAGAUUCCUAUAUAGUCUAUAUAAAACGUGAUGACUUGCCAUUUAUAGUCCAGAAGCUGCAGCGCAAUGACGCACCAGCGUAACUAAGGCUACGCGCAUAGCGCAGCAGCGCGGCACAAGCAGCAAAAGUAAGCACAAGGCAUGAAAAUUUAGCAAGCAGUGUCUUACUUUUGUUUAUUUUGCCGGUAUUUCACUUUGCUGCGCGCAUGCGCAGUACUUUAGAGCAGCAAUAAGCGCUUAUGAGCGCAUUAAGUAAAGGUUGAGACUUCAAAACAUUACUUUUUUAUAUGUUUGAGGUGCUCAAGCGCUUAAGUAAGCAAGCAAUAAAUAAAAAUAAGAGUACGGAGUUAAAAAAAUAAGAGUACGGAGUUAAAAAAUUAAGAGUACGGUACCAUAGAAACUUUAUACGAACAUUUACUACCCGAAACGCUAACGCAAACUCAAUAUUACUAGCAG